UCUAUAAUUCAGUAUUCAUCUAACAUUUUUAGCAAACAGAUAUCCUAAGCUGUAGCAAAAUAAAAGUAAAUAACCAUACUUCUCAGUCCAACAUGUCUAUCAACAAAGUAAUAAUGAACUUUGGAGUUUUGGGACUUUUGUUCGUCGCAGGAUGUUCUUCACAAACACUCCAACCAGGAGUUUCGCCAGCUGUGUCCAUCAUACCCUCGUCGACACCGUUACCUCCAGCAGCAUCGCCAUCAGCUAUACCGCCUUACUUUAAUGGAUAUAGAUCAAUUUACCCUCAGCAAUAUGUCGGUGGACCUAACGUGCCUCAACAGUUUAUCGGUGGAUAUAAUGUUGCUCCGCAAUUCAUCGGUUCACCUAAUGUCCCCCAGAGAUUCGGGCCAAAUCCAUAUGUUGGUCAGUUUGUGCCAAUCUUACAGCAGAAUUUCGAUAUAACUCCAGAGGGAAGUUAUACUUUUAGUUACCAGUCUGCUGACGGAACACAAAGACAAGAAUCAGGAGGUUUGAAGUACCCGUCUGUACAGGGACUGCCACCAGUAAUGUCCGUCCAAGGAUCGUAUUCUGCUAUUACUCCUGAAGGAGUCCCAAUUGAAGUUGGUUAUUUAGCUGAUGAGAAUGGAUACCAGCCUACCGGACCCGGAGUACACCCAGCCAUCCAACGAGCAGUAGCCCAACAAGUAGCACAGGCUAAACAAGAGCAACAACCGCAAUACAUCAAAUAGUUUUUCAACAAGUAUAUAUAACCCACCGCCCAUUUCCAACAAGUGUAAAAAUAAAACUUUCAAUAAAGUCAUUUUUAUUACAACAUAA